AUGACAGUUCGUCCAUCUUCCGAUAGCUCUCUGGACGACUCAGAGGCGAAAUCGGGCCCGCCAGUUUCCGCUGAGCUCAAACUCUCCCCGUCAGAGCACCCAUGGCCAGCCUGCUUCUCCGCUGCAGUAUCCAAGGUCCUUAGCGAUGCUGAGAUUCCAAACUUCCUCUGGGGCGAUCUCCUCAACAGCUGGCGCGGCCACCCGCAUCUGCCGAACGUGUGCGGAUUCGUGGUCCCCAGCGAGUCUCUCGACAAAGCAGUAGACGCUAUAUCUCACAGCGGCCUCUCAGCCUGUCACUGCGAGGAACCCCUCCAUCUCGCCGACCCGUCCUCAGGCACGUUCCUCCCGGUGCACUUCGCCGUGCCCCAGCCAUACUCGACGGUCUACCUCUACCUCUGUCCCUCCUCCGUUUUGCUAGAUCUCAUCCCGCUCACCCCCACCCACGCGAAUCCCGCCGCGCUGGAGCACGAGCGCUUCAGGGUGUCCCUGCGCGACCAGUACUCUGCCCCGCGCGCCGACACGGGUGUCUCGGCUGGCCUCGUAGGGGACACCUACGCGCUUAACGUGCUCACAGCGUCCAGCCUCGUCAAAGCCCUACUCCUGCUGGACUGCCUGUCACCGCCAGAGCGCGUCGGCGUCGGCGCGAUGUACUCGUAUGUUCUGCACAUCAUGGCUGUCAGUGAUCCCGGGCCAUAUGAUUUCGGGUCGCCCUCCUUGCAGAGCCUGUGGGAGAGGGUCUUUGUUCAAGGGGAUAGGAGUGAGGAAACUAGGCGGCCGUUACUUGGGGAGAUCUAUGGGGAGUGGAGGGAGCGGAUCCCCGCUGGAUUCUAUGCAGAAUGA